AGAUUUGCAUUUUCGGUACAAUAGCGAAUAUUUUAAACAUUAUGGUUUUGACAAAAAAGGAUAUGGCAAAGGCUCCCAUUAAUAAAAUAUUAAAAUGGCUGGCAGUAGCUGAUAUGUUUGUUAUGAUUGAAUAUAUACCAUUCGCAUCGUAUCAGUACAUCUACAUGAAACCGGGCGAAAAGGACUUUAGUUAUGCUUGGGCGUUGUACAUUCUCUUUCAUAUGCAUUUCACUCAAGUGUUGCAUACAAUUUCCAUUGGACUUACGGUGACCUUGGCUAUAUGGCGUUACGUUGCUAUAAGACAUCCACACGGAGCUUGUGCUACAUUUCUCCUAUCGCAUUGCAAGGAAUCCAUAUUGUUUUCAUUCAUCAUUUCGCCGAUUGUUUGCUUUCCCACACUGUUUGUGUUUAAGGUGCGUAAACGAAUGGUGGCUGACAGUGAUGUGCCUCUCUAUCAUGUUGAUGCUAAUAAGGAUACACAAUUAUACAGAAUAAAUUUCUGGAUACAUUCGGUUAUUAUUAAAUUAAUACCCUGUUGCAUAUUAACCAUUAUCAGUUUUAUACUAGUGAGAGUAUUAUGUGAAGCUUCAAAACGAAAGCAAAAGCUUAAGGAAUACAGUAAUCCCAAUAAGGCUACACAACAACCGUGUCUACAGAAAUCCAGACCACCCAAAUGCGACCGCCGCACCGACCGCACUACUAUGCUCUUAGUUGCUGUACUUAUACUCUUUCUCCUAACCGAAUUUCCACAAGGUAUUUUGGGUUUAAUGUCGGGUGUUAUGGAGAAAUGUUUUUUUAAUGCCUGCUAUCCGCCCUUCGGUGAAUUGAUGGAUUUACUAGCACUAAUAAAUGCUGCUAUAGAUUUCGUGCUCUACGGUUUGAUGUCGAAACAAUUUCGCACGACAUUUAAAUCAUUAUUUUUCAAAAGACACUUUGGUAGUAUUGAACUAACAAGGACUACACGAUUAACGACUACAUGUGUAUGAUUUUUUUCCGCUAGAAACAAUGUCAACACCCCAACUAUGGCCCAUAUGACACACUUAACGAUGGAGAAGAUGACUGUAAACCCGACUACAUCUGCCGUUGUCACAACGAUGGGAACAACAAGAACAGAAGUAGUUACUACAAGUUUCCAGUAAAUUAUAUACACAUACAUACAUGUAUAUAUAGUGUGAUAUUUUUUGUAUUUGUUUACCUUUUUUUAUAUAUAAAUUAAUAACAAUAACAAAAAAGAAAAAUGUUUGUUAAGUAAAUAUUUUCAAAGUGAACUAAAAGGUUUCUGACUAUAUUACUAUUUUCAUUUGUUAGAUCUUCAAAGGACUGGUAGAGCCUGCACAUUUUAAACUUUAAGGAUUCUGAAUAAAGUCUAUUCUAGGAAAAGUUUUGCUAAAGUAUUUAUGUAAUGUUGUUAAAUUUUUAGUCUAAGUCUAAGGACUAGCCUCGGGAAUAGUCUAUAAACUAGUCAAUAGACGAACAUAUGAAAUGGUCUGGCGGCUAGUGUAUUAACUUGAUUACAGACUAUUCUAAGGACCAGUCUAUGUAUGCACUAUGGACUAGAGUUUAAACUAGUCAAUAUACUAGUUUAUAAACUAGGCUAAGGACUAGUCUAUAAACUAGUCAAUAGACAAUCUGUGUGCCUAUAUGCUAGUCUAUAAACUAGUCUAUGAACUAGUCUGUAAACUAGCCUAUGGACUGUGCAUAUGAACUAGUCUAUAGACUAGUCUAAAGACUAGUGUAAAGACUAGUAUAUGGACUAGUCUAUAAACUAGUCAAUGGAGUAGUUUAUUGGCUAGUCUAUAAACUUGUCAACUGAUUUAUCUAUAAACUAGUAAAUAGACUAGUCUAAAGACUAAUCUAUGGAUUAGCUUAACGACUAGUGUAUAAACAAAUCUAUCGACUAGGCAAGUUUAACGACUAGUGCAUGGGCUAGUCUAUGGACUAAUCUAAAGAUCAGUCUAUGUGCGAUAAAUAAGUCUAUGUACUACUCUAUAGGCAGUUUGUAAACUAGUCUAUAAACUACUCUAACUGACUAACUACAGACUAGUGUAAAAACUAGUAAAUGGACUACUUUAUAAACUAGUCUACAAUGGACUAGUCAAUGGACUGCAAUGGAGUGCAAUACUAAUCAAUUAACUAGAAUAUAUGCUAGUCUAUAAACUAGUCUAAGGACUUGUUUAUAUUUAUGUACUGUUGUUAAAUUGUUAGUCUAAAUCUAAGGUCUAGCCUGUGGAGUAGUCUGUAAACUAGUCAAUAGACUAAUCUAUUAAAUGGUCUGUCGGUACAAACUUCAUUACGGACUAUUCUAAAGACCAGUCUAUGUACUAGUCUAUAUAUUGGUCAAUAGACUAGAGUUUAAACUAGUCUAUAUACUAGUUCAUAAACUACGCUAAGAACUAGUCUAUAAACUAGUCAAUAGACAAUCUGUGU